AUGGCCCCCGAAGGCGGGAGCGAGUGGUGGCAAGGAUGGGGGAGCAAAGCAGCCACCACAACCGAAUCCAAAGCACAAGGAGACCGCCCGAGAGAGAGCGGGGUCCAUCCCGUGGAAACCACGGCCCCCAUCCCCCAGCAGCCACCACCCCCCAGUGCCAACACCCGCGCCCCACUGCCACCGCCCACCGCCACAAUGGGCCGCAGGACCCCGAGCCCCACAGGCCCAGAGCAGGGCCACAGGACCAUGGCAGAACUGGCAAGGCCCAACCCCAAGCAGCAGGCAGAAGGAGAGGCGCAGCGCUUGGAGGAGGCCACAUACACCGGCCCCACCGGGCCCCCAGCCCAAUCCCAGAUCCAGCAAAGGUGCCAGGGACACCACGGGAUGGGGGGAGGCGGACAGCCCGAGGCCCAGGGAGGAGCAAACCAACUGAAAAGGAACGAUGGCCGCCAAACUCCCCCCCCUCCACUACCACCACCACCACCGCCAAUAGGACCAGAAGCCCCAUGGUGCAGCACCCAGGCCCACAUCGGUGGGCCAGCCGGCGGCCCAGCCCCCCCCCAGGCACAGAGGCGCACCCACGCCCCGCAAGGGAGGAGCCGAAGGGAGCGCGGGCCAGAAUCCGACACAACCCCCCAACCCCCCAACCCCCGGAAGCUCGCGGUACCAACCGGCAGCACCGGGAAGCAAACCCCCCUGGAUCCCCCAAGCCCCACCCCCACCCAAAAUCCCCCAGCAAGUCCAGGACCCCACACCUGGACACCAGACCAUCCCCACACAGCCAGGCCGCACAGCCCCGCCGCACCUGAGGGGCCAGCCACUCUAAAAGACACAAUCUCUCUCAUCCACCAAUUCAACCAUAUUCAAGAGAAGAAGAAGAAGAAAAAAAACAUAGUAUCAGUCUCUGACAACAAGAGUACCCCAAAGAGCUGCAACGUGGAUCAGUGGCACAAAAGUCAGUAG